CGCCGGCCGGCGGGCCUCCCGCUCACGGGCGCCUGGGCGGUCACCCCCGUGUCCAAGAUGGCAACCGUCAAGUGUGAGCUUAUCGAGAAUUUCACUUCCGAGGAGGCCGUUCAUCACAACAAGGUCUCCAUCAUAGGAACCGGAUCAGUUGGCAUGGCCUGUGCUAUCAGCAUCCUGUUAAGGGGCUUGACCGAUGAACUUGCCCUUGUGGACGUUAAUGAAGACAAACUGAAGGGUGAGACCAUGGAUCUUCAACAUGGCAGCCCUUUCUUGAAAAUGCCGACUAUUGUGUCCAGCAAAGAUUACCUUGUCACUGCAAACUCCAGCCUCGUGGUCAUCACAGCAGGGGCACGCCAGGAGAAAGGGGAGACACGCCUUAAUUUAGUCCAGCGAAAUGUGGACAUCUUUAAAUUAAUGAUUUCCAGCAUCACCCAGUAUAGCCCUCGCUGCAAAAUGAUUGUUGUUUCCAAUCCAGUGGAUAUAUUAACUUAUGUGACCUGGAAGUUGAGUGAAUUUCCCCAAAACCGUGUUAUUGGAAGUGGUUGUAAUCUGGACACUGCCCGUUUCCGUUUCUUGAUUGGGCAGAAGCUUGGUAUCCACUCUGAAAGCUGUCAUGGGUGGGUCCUUGGAGAGCAUGGAGACUCGAGUGUUCCUGUGUGGAGUGGGGUGAACAUCGCUGGUGUCCCUCUGAAGAAUCUGAACUCAGAUAUAGGAACUGAUCAAGAUCCUGAGCAGUGGAAAAACGUUCACAAAGAUGUGAUUGCUAGUGCCUAUGAGAUUAUUAAAAUGAAAGGUUAUACUUCUUGGGCCAUUGGCCUUUCUGUAGCUGAUUUAACAGAAAGUAUUUUGAAGAAUCUUAGAAGAGUGCAUCCGGUUUCCACCAUAAUUAAGGGUCUGUAUGGAAUAAACGAAGAAGUAUUCCUCAGUGUUCCAUGUAUUUUGGGAGAGAGUGGUAUUGCAGACCUUAUAAAGGUAAAGCUGACCACUGAAGAACAGGCUUGUCUGAAGAAGAGUGCAGAAACACUUUGGGAAAUCCAGAAGGAGCUCAAGCUUUAAAGUUGCUUGAAACUACCUUUUUGAAGUUACUGAAGGGAUAGUCGUUAUAGGGUUUUGUAUGUCCAAUUUUUUUUAUAAGUUUGAAUUUCUAGAAGUUGGAAACAGGAAAGGAAGUAGAGUGAGUUACCUGUUUAUUUAGCCCCCCAGCUUUUUUAUUUAGUAUCCAGAUGUCAGGAUGAUUUUUUUUUUCCACAAUGAUUCAGUGAUUGCAUCAAAGAAGGUGUUUUUGUACCACUAAUGUACCAGUACUUGCUCUGUGUGUGU